AUGCCCACCUACCUCUGUCACGGCUUCCGCUGGCAGCGGCGCAGUGUCCGGGUUUACAUCAUCCUGCAAAACCUCGAUGACGCCUCGCCCGAGUGGAUUAUUCCUGCGACGAGUUCGCGAUGCAUACUCAAGUCCUUUUAUGAGAUAUUCGACUUCCUCCCGUACUGCAGUCCGAAACAGGGCUGUUAUGCACCCACGCGGGAGCUCGACGGCGAGAAUAGGACCACCGCCGAAAACCGCAGCCGGAGUCGUGGCCUCACUGACGGCUCCAGCAGCAGCAGCAGCAGCAGCCACACAUCCUCUCCUGAAGACGACUUCAGCGCCCAGUCAUGGUCCGCCAUCAAACUGCUCGAGGAGUACGACCCUCACGACCUGACAGCCGUCUCGCGGCCUUACGCCUACGUGGCCGACUACGCCGUGCGUAUCGACCUGUCUUGUUCCAUUGUCGACGAGAUAUCGCGUUACGAGCAGCUGCAACAUCAGAGUGCCUACCCGGCCAUAUCGAUCCCGACCCGCAAUCCACCGGCCGAAGGACAAGGGUGGUUCGAGCAGCUCCGUGAUCAGCUGCAGCGCAGCGAGGAGAUACGCUGGUAUGUCGUCGUAAACGGCGAUGAGGUUCGCGACUGGCCGAAUGAGCCGUCCGAGCCGGAG